AGGGGCGUUUUGUAGAAUCAGUCAUCAGUUGACGAACAAGUGACGCCAACAAAGCUUCAAACGGUUAACAAUUUCAAUAUGAAGUGGUUUAAUCUCUUCCUCAUAUUCGGUGUCUUGGCCCUCAUUGGCGGCAUUGGCACUUUGGCAGCCGCCGAACCGCUGCCCCAGCCAGGACCAGAGCCUAAGGGUCGACCACUUACCACUCGCCGUCCCAGGAAUGAGAACGACGAGGAUCGACGCUAGCAAAUCCAGCAGCCUCCGCCGGUUAGAUGUUAUCAACAGGAGCAAAGACGUGAUGCACAAACUAAAAUUAUCUUGGUGAAGGUGAAAUGCUUUGGAUUAGAAAGAAUGCAAUUUGUUGAAGUUUUACUUGUGUAGCGUUUUGAAUAAACACAGUUAAACAAUA